UCUCAGUCGCCCCAGAGUUCGGGUCAGCCCUUCCAGGCAGGUCCGUGCCACGCCACAGUUCUUGAUUCUCAUUUCCCAGGUCUCAGAACCAUUUCAAUCCUCCAGGCACUAGCGGAACACCGUGUUAUUCCCGGCCAAUCAGUCGCAAAAAUCGAGCAACGGUCGCUGCAACGGGGCUAGGGUAGACACCAGUGGCUGCUAGUGUGCCCGCGUGGCUCUAUUUUUGAUUACGGUGACACGAACAUCUCCGGGAGCCAUCAUCAUACUUAAUCCUCCCCGAUCCCAGUCCAUGGUCCCCCCUUCAACCUUCAUCUGUCGCUCCUUACCCAACCCCAGUCACUCGUUUGUUCUGUUCUACUAUUCUGCUAUCUCUUUUAUUUUUGACCUUUUUUUCACCAUAUUCUGCAAGAAAUUUUGCUGCAUCAACAUGCAUCUGUCCACCCCCCUGGUUUUCGCCCUGGCAUCCCUCGCCUCGGCCAUCACCAUCAACCAACCGGGUCUAAACGCGUCCUACCCGGCGGGUUCCACCGUCCUGGUCAACUGGACCACCGUCGACACCGACCCAACCUACUUCAGUCUCUAUCUCUGGAACUUUGUGUACUGGCCCCCGACCUACGUGCCCCUGGCGAUCGACAUCCCCACCGCCGAUCGGGCUUAUCCGGUGCAGAUCCCCUGCGACACUACGCCCGAAUGGGGCUACCAGAUCAGCGGCAUCAACGGCACCAACGUCUAUAUCAUCUACGCCCAGAGUGAAAAGUUCACCGUGUCCGACCCGAUCAACAGUACCUGCGUGGAUACUCCGGCUCCUACCACUGCCGCUGCAUCCACCUGCGGAGCCCCAUCGACCGUUUAUGUCACGGUGAGCCCUACCGCGUCCAGCUCUGCUUUAUUCCACCAUCACCAUAGCCAUCAUCACCACUCCACCCCUCGUGUUCCGACUCCUUCUCCCACCACCACUCCCUCUUCCUCGAGAUACGUCAAGCCUGGAAUCGUGCCUAAGACUAUUGGUUGGUGUUCAGACUAUUCCCACCCUGUGACCUUGGAUAAGGUCCCGACGCCGACCGAUGUGCCGUCCUCGGUCAGUUCCGUGGCAGAAGCGACUGCUACGUCGGAUGUUAUCGUCCAGACGGUCACCACCACUCUGGGUGUGGCUGCUUCGGGGGAUGCCGGAUGUCCUUUCUACUAGGGGAUGUUUAGUUACAGAUGGACAGCUCGGACCCAUCGGAUGAGUUGUGAUUCCUCGUGUUAUAUAAGGGGGACUAAUCUAUCCAGUUAUCACCAUGCUCGAUACAUGCAGCAGCCUCCUUAAACAUAAACAUAAACACAUCACCCUAC